UAUUGGAGGGGCUAACUCAUUAUAAAAGAAAAUCACAUUCACCUUAAUCAUGUCGGUGUUGAGAACAUUCAAGAUCAUGAGUUUGAAUACCAGAGCUAUUGCUCGAUUAAACUUAACCCAGCAACAUCUUGCACCUAGGAGAUUGUCCACUAUUGCCAACAUUAACCAAGGUACCAAAUACACUUCUGAUUUCAAGAAUUAUGCGGUACAGAACAACAAAGUGAUUUCGUAUUUCCAUGACGUACCACUUGAGCUCAAUCCUACAACCAAAGAAGCAAACAUAGUGGUGGAGAUUCCUCGAUGGACCAACGCCAAAUUUGAGAUUAAUACUAAAUUACCUGGAAACCCCAUCGUCCAGGAUAGCAAGAGUGACAAGGUUAGAUACGUGAAAAACUUGUUCCCCCACCAUGGCUAUAUUCAUAAUUACGGGGCAUUCCCACAAACUUGGGAAGACCCAACGACACAGCACGUUAACGGAUUAUACGGAGACAAUGAUCCAGUUGAUGUAUGUGAAAUUGGGUCGAGAAUCUUACACACCGGUGACAUCAAACGAGUUAAGAUCUUGGGUGCAAUAGCCCUUAUUGAUGACGGAGAAUUAGACUGGAAAGUCAUUGUUGUUGAUGUGGAAGAUCCCUUGGCUAAAGAGGUUUACGAUAUACAUCAUUUAUACACUAAAUGUCCCGGUUUAUUGGAAACCACCAGACAAUGGUUUAUGGAUUACAAAUUACCUGAUGGCAAACCACCAAAUGCAUUUGCAUUCAAUGCCGUCUACAAAAAUGCCAAAGAAACAAUUGAAGUUAUUAAACAAUGUCAUCAAAGUUGGAAAGCAUUGGUUCAUGGAGAAAACCGUGGUGGGAAAUUACCAACCAUUGCAAACACAACCUUACAAGGAACCCCAGGGUAUGUUGACGAUUUAGGUGUCAAAUUAGACAAUCCUUCCAAGCCAGAUGCUGAAAUUCCAUUGGAAAUCCAACGAUCUUAUUUCAUGACCUCAGAUUAAAGAAAUACACUUAUAAAUAGAAACCACAGUAGAUAAUUUUAUUUCUAUUAUACAUUUGUACAUGUUAAAAAAAAAACUCCAAAUAACUUACUCACCAAAAUAAUCUUUCAAGUCUCUAAUCUCAUCAAUAAUCCCCUUGACAAACUUUUCAUACCGUUCCCCACCAACUUCAAUAAUCCGCUGUUCUUCCAACGAACUAGGGGCAACCCUCGAAGUCAAGAAUUUUGGAUGCUUCAACAAAUUCUCAAUGCAUUCACCAAAUGACUCUCGCUUAGCUUCACUUUCCAAUCCAGGUAAAAUCUUCAUAUCAAUUUCAUCACUGCUUACUUCAUAUUUCCCCUUCAAAUAUUCACUCACAUUCAUUGACUUAAGUAGGUCAUAAAUAAGCAAGAUUUGAUUAGUUUCUGCCACAAUCGAAGUGGAUAUUCUAAUAGAUGAUGAAUCUCUUGACCAUGAUUCAAUACAAUUUUCCAAUUGCUUGUUAUACAAUUGCAAGGCAACACAUACUUCAGGUAUAAUUCCCGGACCAAGCUUUGACAAGCUGGUGAUUAUCACUGGCAAAAUUCCAUUUAUCCAUAGUCUGUAAUAUUGCGCACCAUGGGCGAUAGAAAGCCCACCGGCUCUAAUAGGAAUCAGAAUUGGUGAUUCCAACAACACAACAAACAAGCCUGAUUUAAUGAAUUCAUUGGCAAUUACUUCAAUCGACAUUAAUUCAAGAGUAUACAUCAACAGCAAUUGGGCAAAUAUGAAAUCAUCAUUUACUUCAAUUGCAUGGGAUAUGGAAUAAAGAUUAAGUAAGGAUUUAAUGGUACCAUUGUCCACCACAAGCAGAGCCAUUUCUUGAUGUAAGCGACUGCCUCCGCUUAAUUUAAUGAAUAUUUUCAAUAUGGAAAGAAUCAUCAUAAGAUCAUCAAUUCUAUCAUUCAUCUUUACUGACUUGUGGUUCUUAUCAGUACGAGAAAGAUAAACGUCGUUUUGAACUUCAAUCAACAAUGUCUUUGUUCCCUUAGUUAUAAUCAAUUCAAACAAAUCCCUGAAUAAACUGAAAUAUUCCAUUACAAUAGUUUCAUCGUUGGAAAUCAACAAUAAUCCACAAUAAAUAAUCUUCAAUAAAGGACGGUAAUAACCUUGCAGUUCAGCCAAACUAGAAAGGAAAUUCAUACUGCUUGAGCUUAAUAAUGUUGACCCACUUUUGAUGAUUUCAAACACUGCUUUUGUAUCCUUGCCACUCGUAGUCUUUGGACAUCUGCUAUAAAAUGAAUACAUCAAAUAGAAUCCUAACUCCACCCUUUCGUAAUAUAUCGACAGAACUAAUUCUGAAAUAAUCCCUUCAUUGAUAUUCUGUCUUAAUAAAUAGUCAAUAAAUUCCAACAUACGCACAUCCAAUGCUGGUUCAUAUGUACGACAAUAUGAUGUAAUCAAAGCACCAAAAGAUUUAGCACUGGAUACUUGAGCAUUAACAUAUUGCAAAUUAAUACUUGAUGCAAUCACUUGUUCUCUAAUCUGGGGCCAUUCGGAUUCAUGUUUGAAAAGUGAAUCCAUAACUGGUAAAUUAUACACAGUGCUAAUUCCAUAUCUAUUUCUCUUGGUUAAUCCAGUGGUAAAUUGUGAUAACUUCAAUUUAGGGAAGGCAGCUUCAAAUGAGAUUUGUAAAUUGUUAUGUAAAUUGGACUUGUAAUC